CCGUUUCCGGUCCUCAGGCUCUGUCUCCGUGGAGACUUGCCUCUUUAGAGAAGAGGGUGGGCCCUCGCGCGGGCCGCGCAGGCGCACGGAGGGCAGCUGCAAUGGCGCUGUCGUGCACCCUGAACAGGUAUCUGCUGCUCAUGGCGCAGGAGCACCUGGAGUUCCGCCUGCCGGAAAUAAAGUCUUUGCUUUCACUUUUUGGAGGUCAGUUCACUAGCGGUCAGGAAACUUAUGGAAAGUCACCAUUUUGGAUUCUUAACAUUCCCUCUGAAGAAAUUGCAAGAAACUUAAUGAAACGGACAGUGUGUGCCAAGUCUAUAUUUGAGCUAUGGGGUCAUGGAAAAUCUCCUGAAGAGCUCUACAGUUCUCUUAAAAAUUACCCUGUGGAGAAGAUGGUUCCAUUUCUACAUUCAGACUCUACAUAUAAAAUAAAGAUUCACACAUUUAAUAAAACAUUGACACAAGAAGAAAAAGUCAAACGAAUAGAUGCACUUGAGUUUUUGCCAUUUGAAGGAAAAGUGAAUUUAAAGAAGCCACAACAUAUAUUCUCUAUUUUGGAGGAUUAUGGUUUAGACCCAAACCGCAUCCCUGAGAAUCCACAUAAUAUUUAUUUUGGUAGAUGGAUUGCAGAUGGACAGAGAGAGCUUAUUGAGUCAUACAGUGUCAAAAAGAGACUCUUUAUUGGAAAUACAAGCAUGGAUGCUGGCUUAUCAUUCAUCAUGGCUAACCAUGGAAAAGUGAAAGCAAACGAUAUUGUCUUUGAUCCAUUUGUUGGAACAGGUGGCCUCCUGAUAGCUUCUGCUCAUUUUGGUGCAUAUGUAUAUGGGACAGACAUAGACUACAACACGGUUCACGGUUUAGGAAAGGCCAGUAGGAAAAACCAGAAAUGGAGAGGACCAGAUGAAAAUAUUAGGGCAAACCUUCGUCAGUAUGGUUUAGAGAAAUACUACCUUGAUGUCCUGGUUUCAGAUGCAUCUAAACCUUCCUGGAGGAAGGGCACAUAUUUUGAUGCAAUUAUCACUGAUCCUCCAUAUGGUAUCAGAGAAUCUACAAGAAGAACAGGUUCACAAAAGGAAAUAUCAAAGGGGAUAGAAAAAUGUCCAGAAAGCCACGUUCCUGUUUCCUUGAGUUAUCAUCUGAGUGAUAUGUAUUUCGACCUGUUAAACUUUGCAGCUGAGACCCUGGUAUUAGGUGGAAGACUAGUCUAUUGGUUACCAGUGUAUACACCAGAGUACACUGAAGAGAUGGUGCCCUGGCACCCUUGCCUGGAACUCAUUAGCAACUGUGAGCAGAAGCUUUCCAGUCACACAUCAAGGCGCUUGAUUACAAUGGAAAAGGUGAAGAAAUUUGAGAACCGGGACCAGUAUUCACAUCUACUGAGUGAUCAUUUUCUGCCAUACCAAGGUCAUAAUUCCUUCCGUGAAAAAUAUUUCAGUGGAGUAACAAAAAGAAUUGCUAAGGAAGAAAAAUCCAGCCAGGAAUGAAAAUUAAAAUUUUGACAAUGAAGAAAGAAUAAGGAUUUGAUAGGAAAGACAUCUGGAUGUUAAUUUUCAUGUGUGAUCCAGAAAACAUGUACUGUUUUAAAAUAUAUAUAAAAAAUAAAUGCUACAAAGUAAAUUGAGCAAUUCUUUUAAAGUUAUCUUUGUUUUAUAAACUAUUUUGUUAUAUUAUAAAGUUUUUUGAACCUUAUUUAAUUUAUAUUUGUACUUUCAAGUAUUAAUGGGGAUCGACUCAAAACAGUUAUAUUUUUUACAAAUAAUCUACAACGGGAAUUAAUAUUGUUAACUUUUUAAACAUAUCUGCUGGAUAUGCUAUAAGCAGUUAAUAAUGGUUAAGAAUUUAUUCAUUAGGUGGAUUUGUUUAAUUUGGCUUUUGAUUGUACCUGAUUUACUUUGCCACUAAUAAACCUCAUUGAGAAUUUCUAAAA